UUUUACAUAAAGGGGAGCCUUGUCACUUAUCACAUAUAUUCAUUCAUCUGCUGUUCAUUCUCCCAAAAAAGACAGAGCAUUUUUUCUCAGAAAUAUGGCUCAAACAACACCAAAUCACACACAAAGUGUUUCUGGUUGGGCAGCUCAUGAUUCUUCUGGCAAGAUCACACCUUUUACCUUCAAGAGAAGAGAAAAUGGUGAGAAUGAUGUGAGCAUUAGGAUCUUGUAUUGUGGCAUGUGUCAUACGGAUCUUCAUCAUGUGAAGAACGAUUGGGGCAUUACUAUGUACCCUGUCGUGCCUGGGCAUGAGAUAACUGGGAUUAUAACAAAAGUGGGAAGCAAUGUGACAAAAUUCAAGAAUGGAGAUAGAGUAGGGGUAGGUUGUUUGGCAGCAACAUGUUUGAAGUGUGAGUAUUGUAAGGACUCCCAAGAGAACUAUUGUGACCAAGUCCAAUUCACUUAUAAUGGCAUUUUUUGGGAUGGUACCAUCACUUAUGGUGGCUAUUCCAAUAUGCUAGUUGCUGAUCACAGGUAAUAUCAUUCUUGUGCUGUUUAUGAGUUUAAGUUAUAUAUAUUGAUACAAGAGCGAAAGAUCACGAGUUAACUAGCACAUAAUUAUAAAGAAAAUAAAGAAGAAAAAAUAAUUAUGAAAUCAAUGAGGUUCAAUUAGAUAUACAUCCUUGGAGCAAAAGUAGAAAGCGUUUUUAAAUAAGAAUGAAGGAGAAGAAUAAUAGAAAAAACUCCCAAUUUUAAAUAACUCUUUGGAGUUUUUCAAAUUCCAAAAAAUUUCAAAACUUAACAUUAAGUAAAAUUUGGAAUUUUUAUGGCCAAACACUAAUUUAAAAAAAAGUAAAAAAAAAAAAUCGAAAAAAAGAAAUAUUUUUUAUGGCCAAACUAUCCCUAAGUCUAUGAGAUUAUAUAAGUAGAUGUACGUCCCCCUACCCUUCAUAGGUGGAUUUAAAAUUUUAAAUUAGUGAGUACAGAGUAUUACUACACUCCACACUAGCAAAUUUAGUGCACAAAUACAUAUUAUUAAUUAACAUUUUUUUUCUCGAUAAUGAAGCCGACAUUGUAAAUCUACCUGUGUAGGCUGUUACCUACCUAUCUUAAUUAUGAAACUAGUAUUAGUACCCCGCGCAGAUGCGCGGGCACUAAUCAUGUCAAAUAUUUAAGUCAUUUUGAUUGUAUGUAA